CAUCAUGUCACCAAAGAAAUAGAACAGUCAUUUUUAGCGUUAUCCAAAACAAAAAUGGAAGGCGAAGGAGACGAUUAUCCAGGGCCUGAAUCCGGCAUUGACGGAAUCAACUUGAACGGGAGAAAUGUAGGGGCCGUGAUGGUGGCGCCUAGGGAUGUAGACAUAGCAAGUCAGAGUGGAUGCAGGGUCAACAUCUACGUGAACAGCAACGUUCAAGCGACUUGUGGUUCGGCUCUGUUUGGUGGCAAGGUCAAGCUAAGAGAUCCUGGUGUUCAUCUCCAUAUCGAAGACGUUAAAAUGCCCCGCGAAGACGGAUCUAGACAGAAAGAGAGGAGGUUGAUUAAGGUUGGGUUAUGUUUGGUCUGUCUCUUUAACGUCUCUCUAGGACUCUUUCUCUUGCUCUCCUCUUGGCUCCGGAAGGAAACCUAGUCCAUAUAGAUAUCUCCUCAUCCACCCAUGUUCAUGGUAAGAAAAACGCCUAAGAUGUACAUUUUUAGAUUAUUCUGAUAGGGUUGAUAUCUACAUCUACGAGGGUACAAGAAACACAUAUGAAUGUUGUAUAUUUUUUUUAAAUGUUUUUCUAGAUUGAUAUGAAGGUUGACUGGUUGAUGUAUAUUCCAAUCUAUGUAAAUUCCUUAGUAGUGUAGUGGGGCAAACGUGUCGUACGAAGUCAUGAGGCUACCGGAUUGUAAGCUGUAAGUACAACGUAACAAUCACAAUCCCAGCUACGAGAUUAUAACUAUUAAUUAGAGGAAUUGAAAACUUAUAUCAGUUGUAGUAUAUUUUUUCUAAAUAUAUUUAUUUGCCCAUCCAACCAUUGGAUGAGACCACGGUUUCAUUUAGGGCCGGGUACAAGGCGGAUAAUUACUAUUUACAUGUAUCUGUAUCUGCGACUUGACUUGCUUUGUAAGAGUAAUAAAAUUUUGAUGUGUAUUUGACCUGUUAAAAACGAGUAUUUGCUAUUUCAAGUAUUUGAUCAAAAAUAAAUUAUUUACAAGUUAGUUGUAUUGCUCUAUUACUUACUAUUUACGAGUAUUUAUGAACUAUUUACGAGUACCCGUGAACUAUUUACAAAUUUUUUGGAAUAUUUAAGAACUAGUUACUAAAUAAUACUCUCUUAGAAAUAGAUACAAAAAAUUGUUUUGUUUAAUCUACUUAAAAAUUUAGUUAUAUGACUUGUUAUUACAUGUUACUUGUUGAGAAGAUAUUUUUGUUAUCGUGAAAAUUAUACAAUAUUUAUAUAUCGAAAUAUGCAUAUAUAUUUUUUAUUUGUUUUCUUUACGUAAUAUUUGAAUAGAAGACAACGAGUAUUUAAAAAUCAAAAUAGUUACGAAACAAGUAACAAGUAUAAAAAGAAUAAUGAGUAUUCGUGUCCAAUCCUAAAUGCAAGUAAAAGAAAAGACAAAUAUAAACAAAUAAUUAAUAGAUCAUGUAACAAAUAGCAAA